ACAUCCAAACCAUGGCACCAGAUGCUGUCAUGGCUGCUGCCCCAGUUAGGGUCCCUCGUAGGACAGCAGAGCCGGAACCAGCUUGGGUAAAGAGGUCAUUUGUCUAGCACUAGAAGGAUUGGCUUCGAGGCUGGUCCUUGGGGAGAUGUUUAUGUUUGGAGCCCUGGAGGGAGGUCUGGGCAAGAGAUUGCAAUCUGCAAAGGCAGAGGUUUGUGAGCCAAAUGUGGUUAGAAACUAUAGUAACCAGGCAAAAACACAAGAUUUACCCAUCCACAUUUUUUCCCCUUUCUUAUCUGCCACCAUCCAGAUAUGCUGAGGAACAUGUACUUACUCACACUCGUCCCCUAGUUCCAGAACCCAGUGAGCACUCAGCAAGUUUUUACUGAAUAAAUAUGAACGGCUCAUUUUUAUCCGUCGGGUAUUUCUGUGGACCCCACUUCAAAAGCAAGCACAUUUAUCCCAACAAGAAGAUCAUCUAACCCUUCUGGCAUCGUUGAAGGAUAUGGAUUCGGGAUUAGAAUACUCCUUUAGCAUCUUAGAGCUGUGAAUCGGCCAUCAUCUCUUAUGAGGACCCUGUCUCACUGGUGAGGCUGAAGGAAGCCCAGAUACCAGGCCGUAACACGGUCCGUGCUCCUUGUGGGGUGGGAAGCUGCUCAGUCUCGGCAGUCUGUGAACCUGACCUGGCCUACCUUGUCUUGGCCAGUGUUUUCCACUCUCUGGGAUUUAGCUUGUCCUUGGGGGUUAAAGGAACGCUUGGACUCCGGUUCUGAAUUAAUGAGAAGCCUCGGCUCAGGAGACUUGGGAAGCAAGCACAGUUGUUAAGUUCUCAGCCAAGGAAGCUGCAGUAUGCAAAGUAGUGAACUGGAGCUUUCCUUCUGAUUGGCUGACGGGCCUUGAUGUCACAAUGAGAUGGGUCUAUCCACUCCAAAUGACAGUGCCUCUAGCCCCCAAAUAACUGACGCAGUUGGUUUCUUGGCUUCCUCUCUGUAGGAGGAGAUGAUGGAAGCCCUCUUUCAGGCAGGGUCCAUCCUUAUGAAGGUGAAUACCUUACAGGGCAGGAAGAUGGUGGAGAGUGGGCUCCAGUCUGGGGACCUUUCCCUGUCUCACUCAUGGUCCUCCUGCCUCCCUCUACCAGCCGACUUGGAGAUCCUGCAGCAGAAAGUGGCCGCGGUGCAAAGGGAGCUGGAGGACUUCAAGAAGGAGGCUCUGAAGGCCAUCAGCUACCUGGAGGACGCCUUCUGCGAGAUGAACGGCGUCCUGGCCCAGCAGGAGGAGCAGGCCGCUCGCGUGAAGCAGCGGCUGAGGGAGGAGGAGGACCGGGGCAUCGUUCGCAACAAGGUGCUCACCUUCCUCCUGCCCCGGGAGAAGCAGCUUCGGGAACACUGCCAGCGGCUGGAGAACAUGCUGGCCAGGAGCCACGACCCGCUGCGAGUCACCAGGAAGAGCCAGGACGACUGAAGGGCCCGCGCGCAUGCGCCUGGGCUGGCGGGCAACUGGACGAUUGUGUUUUUUUUUUUUUAAUGGAAGGACAAACGCUAAGUCCCCAUUUAUUCCCUCUCCCCAUUUUUAUUGCUUUCCUGCUACCACCACACAGAGACAAAAAAAAAAAAAAAAGGAAAAAAAUAAGUUUUUUUGGGUGAAGUUCCAUUUAUCCAGCUCCCUCAAGGAAGGACCUGUAACCUUCACUCCAACUGCUUCCUGUUUGUAAUGGUACAGUUGCUUGGAUGUGUAGCCCUUUCUCCUGCAUAUUCUUGAAACUGGUUGUGUUGAACAGAUUUACCUUUCUUUUAAUGACUCCAGGCUUUCGUGAUUCAUCACUUAACCAUCGGUUUUACUGGCGCGGGUCAACGUGGGGUCUACACCGUGAGGGGGAUGGCCCACGUCCUGAAAUGGCCUCAGAUGGCUGCACUGUGUGAUUCCUGCCCUCACUGCUUGGUUUUUCAGUCUGCUGGUGUCGCUGGGCUGUCGUCUGUCUCUUUCCCUUCCUGCUUUUGUAGAGCUCGGCUUCCUCUCGGUUUCGUCUGUAGACUGGUUGCUGCUUGUGGUGGGCCUUGUUAGGGCUCGGCCGGCCGGGAGAACACACUGAUCUCCAGGUGACACCUGGGAGACGGCACAAGAAAACAGUGAAAGUGACACCUGCAUGUGACUCAUGGAGCAGGAGUCGCUAGGGUGUGCCGUCAUCGAUGAGACAAUGUACCCCCCCAUCCUCUGCUCCCACAGGCAUCUCCUGAAGGCAGGACAGAGCUGUUUUCAUACGGUAAACUGGCCACAAGAAGCAGAGCGCUGUCCUCUGUUUUCUCCACGUUAAUGGAUGACUAGCGCUCCCAGUCCAGGCCACUCACGCCCAUUUAACAUCGUUCGGCCUCACAAACCCCUGAACCAACCAGACUGUUUUUGGGCUAGUCCCUUCUGGGGUCCUGGAACAACGUGUGUGACGGGAGCCGUUAGCAGUCACUGUGACUUGUGUUUAUCAUCAGCCCAUUUCACUGACGCGUAUAUUCUUUCGCUGGUCCCUCCCAAAUGCUGCCAUACAUCAGCCUGAGGACCUGGAGGUCUCUCUAGUCCAGAGCUUGUAGCCAGGCUCAGAACCCUCUGACUUAAUGUGGCCUCACCCAUCCCCUUCUUUUAUUUACAGACUCUCUCAAAUAAUAUGCAAAUAUUUGGAUCCCCUCAAGUUGGCCUUCACCAAAGGACCUUGUGACCCAUGGUUAAGCACAAUAUCCAUCCGUCAACCACCCACCCAGAAGGGCUGUGUCUCUGCUCUAACUCUAGGCAGCUUCUGCUCCAGUUUAGCUGAAGCAGCGAUUAGCGACAGUAAUAUUGAUAACCACGGAAGAGCCCAGAGUCAUCAGCCACAGUGCACACCGUGACACACUUCACUUCAGCAUUAUGAGGGAACCAAGACUCAAGCCCAAUAAAUUGCCCAAGAUCAAAGCUUGCUGGCUUGGGAUUUGAACCUAGGACCAUCUAGCUCUUUUAUUCUGUGCUCUUAACCGUCCUGGAGUGUUUUGGAAAGCUUUAUGGAUGUAUAGUGUGGGUGAGACAAAGUACCGAAACUGCUGAGGGUAACGCUGGGAGAGGGGAGUGUUUCCUGGGGGGGAUUCUUAGACCAC